GUAUGUAUUAUCACACUUCUCUUUACAAAAAAAAAGGUUCAAUAAAUAACGUUUAUUAAGAUUAGAAUCAUUUUAUCCGUUUGUUAGGAAGUUUUUUUUUUAAAAAGUCAUGUUACAAUUAUUAAAAUUGAAAUUGGCAAUUAUCAUUUUGCUCGUGAUCAAAUCGAAUAGUUUUACAUCAUCCUUGGAUAUGAUUGGAUCAAAUCCAUAUGAAAAAUGUAAACAAUUGCAACAAUUAAAAGUUAAGCCUACUUUAUUUGUUGCAACAUCUAUGCGUGUUCUAAUAUUUACUGAAGAUUUUUAUGUAUUUGUUUUAUCAUUCGAUUCAUUGGAUCAAAAAGUACAUAAAUUGAAAAUAGAUCAUAUACCAAUGCCAUUGUUUAGUGCAUAUCCAUUUGUUUGGUAUUAUAAUCGACCAUCAGGCCAUACACAAAAUAUAAUGAAAAUUAAUUAUUUUAUUGAUGAAAACAGAGACGAAUGGUUAUGCUUUCCAUUGAAAUUUCAAAAAGACUUGACAAUUUCUCCAUUUAUUUAUAAUAUUCAAUCACAUAAAAAAGAUAAAGGAUGGUUAUAUCCCGAUUCAAUGUAUGAAUUACAAGAAAUAUUCAUUGCAACUGAUCAUAAUAAUUUUCAAUAUAUUGGAAGACGAUCUGUGCUUGGAACAGGUUUUGGAUUCCAUCGUAUACAUAUUAAAAAAAACUAUGAACCUGUUAAGGAUUUCAAAAACUCAACAUUUUAUUCUGUUUGUAAAUUUUUAAACACACCUGAUAGUGAUAUUUAUUUUCAACCUGGUGUAUCAUGUGGAGAUACUGAAGGUCGUUAUGCUGUUGAUUGGAAUGUGAUCACCGGAUUUGUUCGAAAUAAAUUAUUUUAUAUUAUUACAAAUAUCGAUGUUCUUAUAUUCAACGAUACAAUUUAUGAUCAACACAAUAAUCGUAUAAAAUUAAUAAGAAAAUCACAUGAAUCAUUUUUUUCCUGUGAAUAUCAUCAAAAACAAAAUUCAUUUCAUUUAAUUUAUCAUAUCAAUAUUAUUCUAUUCAUAAUAUCAAUAAUUUUAUUAUGUACAUAUUUACUACUCAUUUUAACAAGAAUAAUUGUUAGAAAAUAUAUUCGAAAGAAAUUAUUGAAAAAAACUAAAUCAUCAUUAACAAAACAACAAAAAUCAAAAAUAAAAAUAAUAUCAAGUCGAUUGAAUUACAAGAAUAAUUUAUUUCAAUCAUCACAAGAUUCAAACAAUUCAGAUUUAGAAAAUAUGAGUGAAGAAGAAAGUAAAUAA